AAAUACGUUGAUGAUCUGAUAAAUAAAUAAAUAAAUGAACGUAUCAACUGCUGGUAAUGAAUAUGAUAGCGCUAGGCAGGAGCUAGUUGAUGCAUUAAAGAAAAAGAAACAAUUUGAUAAGCAAUUGAAUAGCAUUGAGAGUGAAAUCUACGCUAAUGAAACUAGUUAUCUAGAAGAGACUAAUGUACCAGGUGGUGGAAACGUCGUUAGAGGUUUUGAUGGUUUCUUAAAGCAAUCAAACAAUAACUUAAUGAGCUCAACUGGUAGCGGUAGACAAUCAAACGCAGGUACAAAACGAUUUGAAGUCACAGACAAUCAAAGAAUAUUCUCAAAUUCAUCUGAUAGUGUAAUUUACAAAGAUUAAUUAUAAAUAUUCCAACUAUUCCUCCAUUUAAGGUGUUUAUGCUUGCUGAUCGGUCCAACCAUACCAAAAACAACGCCAUUAAAGUGAUAAAAUGUUACGAUGGUGUUCACCGCUAAUAAACCAAAAACGAACCAUUUGAAUCUUUCUGGUAUUUGUCUCUUGAAUAUCAAAUGAUCAAGUACUAAACCCAUUACCAAGAUUGCAAAGUAUAAAGCAGGAAGAUAAUGAUGUAAGUAUGUUACUCUUCCCAUUAUUAAGAAUGGUAUGUAGUGGAAAACCCAACCACCAAAUGCAAUCAUUCCGACAUACGUAAAGUAAUCAAUUUCAU